GAAAAAGAUCAAUAAAAUUAAAGCAUGACACAUAUUGGUUUAAUUCAUUUGAUAGCCCAAAAUUAAUCUUAACCGGAUCGGAUCUACUCCUUCAACAUUCGAUUAAAAUUCUCAAGCAAAAGAAAAUUUAGUAAUCGAGUGGAGGAAGAAGAAGGAAGAUUAGAGAAGUAUGUUUGGGGUUAUAAAACAAAAAGCUUUUGAGCAGUCUUUGCAGAGGAUUCGUCCAUGGAGGGCUUACUCAUCCGCCGCCAAAGAGAUGACGGUUAGAGAUGCAUUGAAUUCUGCUCUUGAUGAGGAAAUGUCUGCUGAUCCUAAAGUUUUUUUAAUGGGGGAAGAGGUUGGAGAAUACCAAGGUGCUUAUAAGAUAUCUAAAGGCCUUUUGGAUAAGUAUGGCCCUGAAAGGGUUCUUGAUACUCCUAUUACUGAGGCUGGAUUUACCGGCAUUGGAGUUGGUGCUGCUUACCAUGGUCUCAAGCCAGUUGUUGAGUUUAUGACAUUUAACUUCUCUAUGCAGGCAAUUGACCAUAUUAUUAACUCUGCUGCAAAAUCAAAUUACAUGUCCGCUGGUCAGUUAUCUGUACCCAUAGUCUUUAGAGGACCUAAUGGUGCAGCUGCAGGAGUUGGUGCCCAGCACUCUCAUUGUUAUGCGUCAUGGUAUGCCUCUUGCCCAGGACUGAAAGUGCUUGCCCCUUACUCAUCUGAAGAUGCCCGUGGCCUUCUUAAAGCUGCUAUAAGGGACCCUGAUCCUGUUGUUUUCCUUGAAAAUGAGCUGUUAUAUGGUGAGUCAUUUCCUGUUUCAGCCGAAGUACUCGACUCCAGUUUCUGCCUUCCAAUAGGAAAAGCCAAGAUUGAGAGAGAAGGAAAAGAUGUCACCAUUACAGCCUUCUCUAAAAUGGUUGGAUAUUCCCUCAAGGCAGCUGAGAUACUUGCAAAAGAAGGAAUCAGCGCUGAGGUAAUAAACUUGCGCUCCAUCAGGCCGCUAGACAGACCCACAAUCAAUGCUUCAGUCCGGAAAACCAAUAGACUAGUGACAGUGGAAGAAGGAUUCCCACAACAUGGUGUUGGGGCUGAAAUCUGUGCCUCAAUUGUUGAGGACAGUUUCAGUUAUCUUGAUGCACCAGUUGAGAGAAUCUCUGGAGCUGAUGUUCCCAUGCCAUAUGCAGCCAACCUUGAGAGAUUGGCUGUACCUCAGAUUGAGGAUAUUGUCCGUGCAGCGAAGAGAGCUUGUUACAGAUCUGUACCAGUGGCUGCAUCAGCUUAAUCAAUACUGAUUCAGUCCUGAAACUUUUUGAAGCUCAGGUUAUCUAGAGACUGUAUUUUUUUUACCCUUCUUGACACACUUCUGAGGAAGACUUGGAAGGAAUACCUCAUUGAAUAACACUGAAUGUUAAUGAUCAUUGAAUAACAUGGAGAAUGAUGACAACAGAAGAAGUUUUGUGUACUGUAUUGUCAUAUUUAGGCCUAUAAUUUUCAUAAGCCGAAGUUUGAAUUUACAUGUGUUCUAUAUGCUACAUUUUUGUUCAUGGAAAUGUUUGUUGAUGCUCUGUAGAUCAAUCUUCAAAUGGCAUGUUUUGUUCACUUA